CGGAGGUGGUGGUGCCAGCUUCUCAUUGAGAACUAUGAGAUUGAAGGAUAUGGCAAAAGAUUUUCGCAUACUGAAGGCGCUGGAGAGUUCACGGAACUGACGCCCAUAUUCCGCGUGCCAAGGAAACGCCACCUUCCUCCAGAGGAACAUUCAUACGACAAAAAAACACCAUCUGCAGUGCCCGCAGCAUCACCAACAGUGCCCGCAGCAUCACCAACAGUAAAAAUGUUGGAUGCCACUCAUGACAGCUGUGUGGAGGCAGUAGUUGGGUCGUACAAGCUGACCACCAAGUCCUUCCGGGCAUUACAGAACCCUGGAGGGUGGCUGACGGAUGAGGAUGGGCCCAUGGUGUUGAGGGACCUCCCCCGGGCAAUGCAGUGGCUGCAGGGCAGCUGUCACCAACUGCGGGGGAGAGUACACGAGCCGCCUUUCCUGAAGCUAGACGAAGAGGACAAAGAAGAGGCAAUCAAAAACCUUUACGAAAAUGAGUUCUCAGGAGGAGUGUACAUGGAGCCCUUUUCAUUCCACUUUGAACACCCAGAAGACAUGGAGGGCUUCCUCAGGGAGUGCCGGGACAAUCAAAAGAUGGUUGUAUACGUACAGUCUUAGGACUCAGGAGAAAGGCCAGCUGUGGACUCAGGAGAAAGGCCAGCUGUGUGUGUCUGUGUGUGUGUGUGUGUGUGUGUGUGUGUGUGUGGAGGGGGGGGGUUAUAUCAGGGGCGCUGCCAGAAAUUUUGGGGCCCAUGAAAGAUUCAAAUUUUGGGGCCCCUUAAGGGCCCCUGUCAGUAACACCUCCCCCCCCAUAUAUGGUAUAUAUGUUCUCAUAAUUAUAGAAUCCCUACAAAGGAUCAAAUAUUGCAUCAACAGUUGGGUCCUUAAUACCCAGUCUCUUUCUUGUCUCUUUUGUACAGGUGUCUUGAAUAUGUACAGUUUAAUUGAAAUGGGACCGAAACUUAUCAGUUGGCAGGGGAUCAAAUACUUAUUUUGCUCAAUGAAAUGGAAAUAAAUUAAUAUGUGUUCUUUACAGUUAUUUUCUGGAUUUUCUUUUUGAUAUUCUGUCUCUCCAUACUAGAAUACUUAUUAUCAUGACA